GUUCUCAGUCUGUUUCCAAACACGUCGGUGCUCAACAUGGGGACUACCCCCGAUCACUGUUUGGCAAAGUACUGGAAGAAAAACAACCGACUGAUAGGUUUUGUGGCUAUUUUUACAUUCUCGCUAGUUUACAUCUUUUACAACUACGCUAACAACGACCUCGAAAAACAUUUGAUAGCUCCUAAUCCAUUACAAAUUGAAAACAAUCUUGACGAUAAAUACUCACAAGCGGGGCAUGAGGCGGUGUUCGAUAUAUUCCAUAAAACUGGCGGCUUCUUUAUAGAAAUAGGAGCGUUCGAUGGGGUUCACCACUCUAACACCCUCUGGUUGGAGCGAAAACAUGGAUGGUACGGUCUUCUGGUCGAAGCAAACCCCGACUUGUGUCGACAAAUCGACAGCCACAUGCGGAAUGUCUGGAGACUGUGUGGAUGUAUCUCCAAUACCGAAAAAAGUGUUGACUUCGUGAAGGACGACAUCUUUGGCGCGAGAACUGAUGCCGAGAAACCCGAACGGCUGCUUAACAGCCCCGAGGUCAUAAAGGUGCCGUGCUACCCAAUGAUGUCUGUGCUGAAUAAGAUAGACGUGCAUCACGUGCAUUAUCUUUCAAUAGACGUGGAGGGAUCGGAACUUCAGGUGCUGGAAUCUCUGAGAGAUGACCUAGUUUCUGGGAGAUUGACCGUUGAUGUUUGGACUAUCGAGUUCUUGGUCAAAACUGGCACUUAUGUUGAUUUUACCAAAAGUGCUGAUAAGCUAGAACAGAUCAAGCGUUUCUUUGCUGAAGUGGGCGGAUAUUUUCCUCAUUCUUCACUAAAACUCCCAGUGGGAGAUGUUGUAGACAUUGUGUUUGUUAACUUACAGACCUGGUGUAACGUUUCGGAAAAUCGUUCUAGUUUACGCUGUAAAACAGAUCCCUGAAUUGCAGCUCCAAGAGCAGAGUUGACGACGCACAUUGAAUCAGAUUACACAUUUGUACGUUCAUAUUUAGAGAAUGUAUGUGCAUGUGAACAAGCAAGUAUGCAAGUCAAUAAUCAGCGUUGUUAUUUCAUACGACCUACAGUGUUUAUGAAUAUUUUGUAGGUAGAUGCUUUGUCACAGCUUCCAUACUUUCAAAAUUUGUUGUGUUAAUCAUGAACUGGUCAAUGAAAAAAAAAACCCACUUUGUAUGAAAAAUUAUUAAUUUUAUUUUCUAUCGGCAGCAAAAAUCCAUACAACCACAGUGUCAUUAUUCAGUCUAACAUUGAUAAUUUCUAUCAGCUGCGUCAUAAGAUUUAAUGAAUGUCUUGGUAUAUUCAAUCAAUUCCUGGUCACGUGUUGUUGACAUCAGGUUCUGGAAGGCCUCUAACUGAAAUCUGAGAGAAAAAUAUACUUUUUGUAAUUAAAAAGUUUUUAAAAUGCUUAAGUUUUAAAAAUGUUUUUAAAGUAGAUGAGUUGAAGUCAUCUUUAUGCUCUACAUGUAUUUCUAAUAUUUAGAAUCACAAUUCAUUAAAAAGGAUAUUGUAUGUACCCUUUUCAAUUUCCUAUUAGAAUACUUUGUUACAUUCACUAUAUUAGGUGAAUUGUAGACAACAGAUUUAUUGUUAGCAUUUGUUACUGGGGGUGGUGUUAU